AUGAAGCAAAGAACUCUGUUAUUCCUUGUUGUAUUAUUUACGAGUCUAAGAUUGGCAAGUCUUGAAAAGUCUCUCUUCAGCUAUGUUAGCGAGAUAUCGUUUUCAGGAUCUUUUGAGAAAUUAUUUGAGACAUGUCUGAGGAUCCCUAACAAUUUGUGCUUAGGAGGAACAUCCACAGUUGUCACUUCUGAUAGUGUUCAAAAUGGAUUAAUUGCUAAAUGGACAUUUGAUGAUAUCUAUGCCCUUGAUUACAGUGCGAAUAAUAAUCACAUUCACAAAUUCGUGCGUCCUGCCCCUGGCUUUAAUGGGCAUGGGUACAGCGGGGCGUUCCUGGGAGACAACUCGGGUUUUGUUCACGCUAGUGACAUUUUAAAAACGACUGAGUUCACCAUCGUUUUCUGGAUAUACUUACUGGAAAGGUCGACGAAUAACUUCCGCAACAUUCUUUCACAGAUACACCAAGGGGAAGAAAAAAUAGCCGUGUUGCUGCACCCACAUAUGAACAGAAUAUCCGUUAGAAUAAUUGAAGAUGCAAAUUCAAAUGAAGGAUUAUCGUCUAUGGGACAAAUAGCAAUAAGGAGGUGGACAAAUGUAGGCAUAAAGUUAAGUGAAGACCGAAUCGAACUGUAUUUGAAUGGGGUAUUGGAUAAUUCUGUAUACAUAAAAAAUAAAAUAAUAGAAAAAGAGGGAGACAUAACAAUUGGAAAAAGCAUAAAUUAUUCUAGUUUUAAUGGAUAUUUAGAUGAAAUAUAUUUUUUUAGCAGAAGUCUGAGUAAAUCAGAAUUAAUUUCAUUUGCCUUUUCAAAUCUAACAGGAAUACAUGACACAGAUUUUGUUUAUGUUGGAAAUUACGAGUGUAACUAUGCAACUGCUAUGAGUAGUAAUUUAUGUAAAAAGAAAUAUCACCUGUGUUCAUCCUUUGAUUUAUACAAUGGAGCCAUUCAUUAUGCUAGAGUUAAUGGAAUUCUGUCGUCUCAGUCCAAUUUAUGGCCAUCAGACAUUUCAGAAAAUUCGAUUGAGUCUGGAGAAAAAAGAAUUGCCCUCUGCUGCAAGGUGUACGAGGUAGAUACUCGGGUGUGA